AUGGCCGCUGCACCACCAGAGGAAACAACCAACACACCCUCACCCCCAACAGCAGGUACGGGAGAGAUGCCCAAGCACGAUGCACCACCAGCAACAGCCGCCGCAGCAGAUGCGGCAACAGUUGCAGUUGCAACGGCAGCGGAUGCAGCAACAGCUGCAGCUGCACCAGCAGCAGUAGCAGAUGCAGCAGAUGAAGCAGAUGCGGCAGAUUUCUUAGACAGCAGUUUGGGGUCAUCGGGCAGCACGGCGCCGGACGGAGGCGGCAGCAGUGGGGAUGUCUUGGGUUGCAGCAGCACUGCAGCAACAGCAACAUCAGCAGCAGCAGCGCCAACACCGACGCCAACACCAACAGCAACACCAACGGCAGGGCUUGGCAGGAGGGAGGGUGAGAAGGCAGCAGGAGGAGGUGAGGAUGCAGGUGCAUUUCAGACGGCAGCAACUGAGGUUGCAGCAACGCAACAAUCAGCAGCAGCAGCAGCAGCAACAACAACGGAAGGAGCAACAGCAGCAGCAGGAGAAGAGGGAAUAUCUUCAUAA